AUGAAACCACCUGCUGGUUACACCAAAGCAAAACCAGGUGAGGUUUGCAGACUUAAAAGAUCUCUUUAUGGCUUGAAACAAGCUUCCAGACAAUGGAACAAGGAGCUUAGCAAGUUUCUGAAAGUGUUGAAAUUUCAGCAAUCAACACAGGAUUACUCUCUAUUCACAAGAAAUCUAGAUGGAGAGUUUUUGGUUCUCUUAGUCUAUGUUGAUGAUAUUUUGUUGACUGGAACAUCAUUAACUCAAAUGCAAGAAGUCAAGACAGCUUUGGAUAAGGCAUUCACAAUCAAAGAUCUAGGUCAGUUGGCCUAUUUCUUGGGGAUUGAAAUUCACAGAACUGACAAAGGUAUUUUUCUUUCUCAAAGAAAAUAUAUCACUGAUAUACUUGCUGAUGCUGGUAUGCUUGAUUGUGAAUCUGCUCCUGCUCCUUUGUCCUGUGGUUUGAAAUUAUCCACUGAAGCUGGUGAUCUACUGGAAGAACCAGAUGUUUACAGAAGGCUUGUUGGAAGAUUAUUGUACUUGGGCAUCACAAGACCAGACUUGUCUUACUGUGUUCAACAUCUAAGUCAGUUUGUACACUCUCCAAGAAUACCUCACUUGCGUGCUGCUCUUCAUGUUCUUAAAUAUCUCAAAGGAACUUUGGACAAUGGCUUAUGGUACUCUUCCAGUUCUGACUUGCAAAUCUCAGCUUACAGUGAUGCUGACUGGAGUUCUUGUCAAUACAGCAGCAGAUCACUUAGUGCCUAUGCUGUUUUCCUUGGUUCUAAUCUGAUAUCUUGGAAAACUAAAAAGCAAAGGAGUGUGAGCAAAUCUUCUGCUGAAGCAGAAUACAGAAGCAUGUCUGCAACUGCUAGUGAACUGGUUUGGAUACAAGGAUUAUUGGAAGAUCUUCAAGUUCAUAUUCAGCUGCCUGUUACUCUUUACUGUGAUAAUACAUCAGCUGAACAUCUUGCACAUAAUCCAGUUUAUCAUGACAAAACUAAACAUCUCAAACGAGAAAUGCAUUACAUCAGAGAACAGGUGGAAGCUGGCUUCAUCAAUACUUCUCAUGUUCCUAGUUCUCAGCAAUUAGCAGAUUUGCUUACCAAACCUCUCCCUUCUUCUCAACACCAUUCAUUAUCUGCCAAGCUUGGUCUCUUAUCCAAGGUCCAGCUUGAGGGGGGAGUAUAG